GGGUGCAAUGACGACAUUGACACCUUCACCAAGAGGGUCAGUGUUUCUAGAGGUGACGGGAUCCAGCUCGUCGUUGUCGCUCCAUGACUCCUCGCCCGAAUCAUCUUCUUCCUCAGAGUCGGAGUCAUCAUCAGAUUGAGCGGACAAACCUCAACGGUGGGAGAAGAAUCUCGGCGGCUUCUGCGGAAGUGGAAGGGCGAUUGACUGCGCAUCUCGCGCGGGAUUUCUCUUUUUCCUUUCUCGCCGACCGCCCUCGUUCUUUGUCCUCGUUACUGGAUCUUAGGGAGAAGCCGCCCAUCAUCGAUGUCAAGGAUCGGCGAGAAAACGAUCCUGAGCUCGAGCCCCCAGAACUACCGCGCGAGCCUUCGCCUUUUCCGCUCGGUUGCCCAGACGUAGUACGUUCGAGUGCAUUGAGGAUAAUCCGGGAAGCCUGUUGGUCAAGUACGUCCCUUGUUAGCACAGAUUGACUAGACCCGCGUUGGGAUGGAGUGGUUGGUCUCGUAGGCGGGCCAGAGGAGUUGAUGGAAGUAGUAGAGCUAGAGCGUGAAGGUAGACCAGAGCUGGGUGCUAUGGAAGACGAGGAAGAUACGUGAGGCGGCGGUGUAGGGUUGAGAGGAUGGUCGUACGACAGCUCGCGGCCUUCCUGAGGCACGGGAAGACUGCCUGUAGAACCAACGCUGUCUCUGCUUUCUCGAUCUCGUUUGCCUGUGUAUUUCCAGCCCAGUCGUCGCGCUUUGAGAUUGGAGUCUGUCUUCUGAGAGCGGUCCGCCAUACGAGGUUUGUGCGAAUGCCGGGGGAAAGAAAGAGAGGGUUUUGCA